CUCAGUGUCGUGAGCAAGUUAGCGUACAAUGGGAGCAUUUAAUUUAACAAAGGCCAGCUGUGGCUUGGCAUUGGUGGUCUGUGCACUGAUGAUCAGUCAAGCAAAUUCAUACUCCUACACCAUGGAUCAAAUGUGCGCCCAAUGGUGGGAUACCGGAUAUAUUGGUAAUCCUAGCAAUUGCAGAGCCUGGGGAUAUUGUCAGGGUCAAAAACUGGUCAGUUGGGGAACUUGCAAAACUGGUCUGGUCUAUAAUUCACAGACUGGCGCCUGUGCCAAUGCCUCAACGACAAUUUGUUCCACUAGCAUUGAGGAGACCUGCCAAGCGGCCAAAAGCCCCGUCUAUGUAGCCAAUCCCAAUAAUUGUACACAAUAUGGUUAUUGUUUUGGCAAUGGUACCUAUGGCAUUGGCGAUUGCCCCACAAAUCAGAUGUUCAUGGCCAAUGCAACAGCAUGCAGAUAUGCAACGACAUGUCCCCAGGACACUAUUUGCCGUUUCAUGAAAUCGGACAUUUUCGUUGGUAAUCCAAAUAAUUGCGGAAGCUAUUUACAAUGCAUCAAUGGUGCAGCCGUUCCUGGUACUUGUCCCGAUAAGUAUCCCAAUUAUAAUGCCGCCACUGGACGUUGUGAAUUGACAAGUACCUGCAGUGACUCUGGUACCAACACAGAUUCAACCACACAUCCCAAUGCAACGACAGUUUGUCAACAGUAUGUUACGGUUAAAGCACUAGCAGAUGGAGACACCACCACCACUACUACUACUGAAGCUACUACCACCACUACUGAGAAAACUACUGCUACAACCACUGACGGAACCGGGUCCACCGGUGACGAUGAAACUUCAACAACUGAGGGCAGUUCAACCACAUCGGCAACACAAUACUUUACCGAUAAUACAACUUGCUCUGGUUACUAUGCCUGCACGUCCUAUUCAGCCGUUGGCAGUUGGAACGCCUGCAAACAGGGCACCCAUUUCAAUCCCACACUCAAGCAAUGCGUUUCCCCAGCCGCAUACGAUUGUCCCUAUAACCGUUGCAACAAUAUGGAUAUCACAUUCAUGACCCAAAUUGACACAAAAUGCAACACUUAUGUUAACUGCAAUACCCUUGUGAACGGUACUUGUCCAACUGAUAAUCCUUAUUUCAAUGAGGUAAGGGGCUACUGUCAGAAUACCGACCCAGGAUAUACAAUUUGCGCUAACGCUACCGCCAAAUCUGUUUAAAACUUUAAUUCAUAUUAACAAACUUUCACAAUAAACCCAUUAAGUGGCAAAUUAAAAAAUGUAUAUAUAUAUCUUGUUUCAAAUUAAUAUACAGUAUACAAUGCACAUAUACUUA